AUGUGCUACUGUGGCAGCUACUAUGGGGGCCUGGGCUAUAGCUAUGGCUCUGGUUAUGGCUGUGGAUGUGGCAGCUUCCGUGGCCUCGGCUGUGGCUUUGGCAGCUUGGGCUGUGGAGGCCUGGGCUAUGGUGGCUAUGGCUAUGGCUACUGGCACCCGUCUUGCUAUGGAAGCUACUAUGGGGGCCUGGGCUAUGGCUAUGGCUCUGGUUAUGGCUGUGGAUAUGGCAGCUUCCGUGGCCUAGGCUGUGGCUUUGGAGGCUAUGGCUAUGGAGGCCUGGGCUGUGGUGGCUAUGGCUAUGGCUGCUGGCGCCCAUCUUACUAUGGAAGGUAUUAUUCCUGUGGCUUCUACUGA